AUGACCUCCUAUGACCGUCAUGCCUCCCACGACUCCCCCUACCGUACCGGGCGACACGUCCCUCUCAGCCAAAGUCGCCACGAGCCGCUCACAUCUGUCGCAACCAGCGCAAUUGAGUCUCGCCCAGACCUCUCCAACCCAUACGAUGACGAGCCCACAAAAGGAUCUGCAAGUGCACAAGCAUCCGAGUGGAAUGGCUCGCCCGAUGGCUUGGGCUCUCCCACCCAUCCCUAUUCACCAGGGAUGAGAUCGGUGGCAUCCCAGAAGAGACGAUCGAACGACCAAGGUGAGGGUGCACCAGAAAUCCAGAUGCAAAGUUUCCACGACGGAGCACCGCCGCCGCCGCCGGUCGCUCACUCCUGGAGGAAGAUCGAACGCUGGUUAGAACAUAAUUAUGAGGAGCUUCUUGACCAGCUCGGUGAAGGAUGUACUCAGAACGAUAUUAACGAAUUGGAGCACGAACUUGACUGCAGUCUGCCAUUAGAGGUGCGGGAAUCGUUAAUGUUCCAUGACGGCCAAGAACGUGGUGGCCUACCCACCGGUGUUAUCUUCAGCGCCAUGCUGCUCGACUGCGAAGAGAUCGUCCAGGAAUGGCGGAACUGGAAAAAGGUCAAUGAUGAAUAUCUCAGCAACGCUACUAUGAUGCAAAACCCCCCCGCACCCAGCUCUGCAGCAAGCUCCUCCGCGGCGGGUCCGUCUCAGCAGGCCUCGUCCACAAUGUGGCAAUCAGACCUGCUCGACCGCCAGGACUCCCAGCCUCCCGGUGCAGUUCAGAAAUCCUACGCACAUCCCGCUUGGAUUCCCCUCGCCCGUGAUUGGGGCGGUAACAACCUGGCCAUCGAUCUGGCACCCGGCCCUGCUGGAAAAUGGGGCCAGGUGAUUAUUUUCGGCCGGGAUUAUGACUGUAAAUACGUGGUUGCCCGGUCAUGGGCUGGGUUCCUCGCGACUCUCGCCGACGAUCUGUGCAGUGGCCACGUCAUUGUCGACGAGGAGACGGAUGAGCUGAAAUUGAAGCAAUUCAAGGCCCAAAAUGUGGAGCCCCCAUACCUGGAUAUUCUGCGCUGGAGGACUGAUCAGAAGUAUGGCCGCCGUGCACCUCGCCGGAAGGGCCCUGUACCUAAUGGUCUGGGUGUGAGCGCUGCAGGCAACCGGUCCAGCAGUCGCGAGUCUCCCUACGGCAGCCCCACGCGCGCUGAAGAACGCGGCCGUUCGCCACACCGUUUCUCCAAGGGCGGAAAUUCCCAGAGCCCCAAGACGCCAUUUGGCGUGUCCAGCCCUCUUGCACGCGUGACUGAGGAGACAACAAGUCCCGUUGUCAGUGCAGGACCCACAAUCUCCGAAGAUACCAAGGAAAACGGCAAGGAGCCUCAGACUGAAGAUCUUAUGGAAGUUGUAACCCCGCAAAUCUCCAAUAAGGAGAAUGAAGGGUUCCCCAUGCCUAAUGAACUCAAGGAAUCCGACAAGGCCGAGAAAACCGAGAAAACCGACUCUGCGGAAUCCUCAACCGCCAUUGAGUCGGAGGUCCUCGGCGAAAUGAAGAACGUGGCUAUUUAA